AUACAUAUACACAGACAUAAAUACAUACAUACAUACAAAAACACAUACACGACAAUAUUCGGCUUCACCAUGGAAAACCGCACCGUGGGUCCAUACGACCACUGCGUCGACUCCUUCUACCACCUCAACUGCAGCUCGCCCACGUUCUCCAUGUCGGAGCGCACCGCGGCGCUCAGCGCCAUCACCACUCUCAUCCUCGCCACCGUCCUGGGCAACCUCCUCAUCAUCACGUCCAUCGCCUACUUCAGGCAGCUGCAGACUCGCACCAACAUUAUGGCGCUAUCUCUGGCCGUGGCCGACCUCCUGGUCGGUCUCACGGUGAUGCCCUACAGCAUGAUGAAGGCCGUGUACAAGUGCUGGUUCUACGGGCAAUUCUUCUGCAAUCUGCAAUACUUCCUCGACUACAUGCUGACGAACUCCUCCAUCAUGCACCUGGGUUGCAUCGCCUACGACCGCUACGUGGCCAUCUGCGACCCGCUCCGCUACUCGCAGCGGGUGACCAAUCACACCGUGGCGACGAUGCUGCUGAUCUCGUGGUUCGGUCCUGCGCUCUUCUCCUCUCCCAUCCUCGUGAACUUCAACCCCGAGUGGUCGCGCGGCAUCAUCGAGAUCAUCUCGUGCCCGAACCAGUGCCUGUUCUUCGUGAGCACGUGGCUGGUCAGCGUGGUGGGCGUCUGUCCGUACGUGCUCUCUCUACUCACAAUGUCGUACGUUUACGCGAGAAUUUACAUCGUGGCGCGCAGGCAGGGCCGCCAGAUCAGCUCGGUGAGUCUUCAGGUCCAUGCCCAGCAGCAGCAGCAACAGCAGGUGGAACACACAAACACUCGACAGAAGUGGACGGCGAUGAAACGAGAGUACAGCGCGGCCAAGACACUCGGCAGCAUCAUCGGGUUCUACCUGCUGUCCUGGCUGCCCUUCUACAUGGUGGUCUUGUUCUUCCCCAAUUUCCAAAACAGUUCGGCCGCGGUGCGAAUCACCACGUGGAUUGGCUACAUCAGCUCGGCCAUCAACCCCGUGCUCUACGCGACUCUGAACCGUCCGUUUCGCAGCGCGUUUGUCGCCGUGAUCAGCUGCAAGAUGCUUUCCUCCACUCGGGCGAGGACAAUGGACCUGUCCGGGGUGAAGUAGCCGAUUUCGAGAUGCGAUGAUGCUUGUUUACGCGCGUGGAACACGCGUGUGUGUCUCUGUGGUCGUUUGUGCCUCAAGGUGCACCUCGCCUAGUCCGAGCGCUGUGGUGACGUCACCGUCACAUGUGGUGUCUGUCUGUCCGCAGGUCUCUAUGUAUCCCUCUUUUAUCAGUGUCCAUCUGCGUAUGACUGCGCGCGUCUCUAUCUCCGCGCCUGUUUGUUUCCGUCGCCGUCCAAUGCUCUCCACCUCGCUGUGUCGCUGUGUCUCCUCGACUCUCUCUGUCAAUAUCUCUUCGUGCAUAAAUCUCCGCGUUAUUUCCCUGCCCAGUGCAAUGCACGCCGGCGUGUCGGAGUCUAUAUAUCAAUCUAUCUACGUCUGACUUUCUAUCUGUCUGUGUCUCUUGGUGCCUUUCUAUCAGCGUCUCUGCGUCUGUCGAUCUGUAUGUUUAUCUCUCUGAGUCUCUCUGUCCGUCUGUCCUGUCCACGCUCCACAGUUCUUUGUUAUCGAUUUCGAUUCCCAGCACUACUUCGACCAAAAAUAAUGGGACAUGGCGGCCGACCGUGAGUCUGUCUCCAGACUGAGCGUCAAUGUACUCACGGAUAUCAUAGCGCAAUUCAUAUUCGUAGACACAAUGUAAUAUUUAAUAAAAAAUGAAUGUGUGCUCUGCAGUCAUCAGCCGUGAUCUAUCGACUGCUGGAUUAACACCUCCUCCCCAAGCUGCCGCCACCUCUCACGAUCGUUUCGAUGCCACGACCCAUCCGGCAGGUGCUCUGCUCAUGAACUGAUUCCAUCGCUCCCUCUCAGAAGUUCGACGUCACUUUGGACGUGUUCCAUCCCCUGGCUGCCGCUCCGUUAUUAACAUCUAA